CACUGCCAUAACUAGUCCGAAGGAAUGUAGGGAAGAGUUUGGAUCAGCGCGGACAAUAAACACAUUCAAAAGACAGUCCAAAGACCGACUGAUCGAUCGUCAGUCAUAUCCUUCUCUUCUUCCGGAUUCAACUUUAGUAAGUAAGUUAGCGAGAGAAACGUUGAGCUCGAGAUUGAGUCCAGUUUUGACAAACAAGAGGAUGGUAAUGCGUUUCUACUUCCCCAAAGCGGAACUGAACACAAGACCAACUCAACAACCACUGCCUUAACUAAACAAACACACUUUUACCUGUAAGUUAGCGGUAAAGAACAGCGUGAAACAUCAUGAGUAAACAACCCCAGAGCGUGGAACUUAAGGUCACCGGAGGAGAGGCGAACUUGGACACCAGCAAGAUGGCCGACAUGACAGUAGAAGACAUCACAAUGAGAGCCAACCAAGUUACAGAUGAGUCACUUGAAAGCACUAGGCGGAUGCUACAGAUGGCAGAGGAGAGUCGGGAGACGGGGGUCAAAACAAUGACCAUGCUGGAUGAGCAGGGAGAGCAACUGAGGCGAGUUGAUCAAGGAAUGGAUCAGAUCAAUCAGGACAUGAGGCAGGCAGAGAAGAACCUGACGGAUCUAUCCAAAUGCUGUGGUCUGUGUGUGUGCCCAUGUGACAGAGUGACCUCCAUUGAGCAUGAUGGGAGAUAUAAGCGGACUUGGGGCACCGGGAGCGACAACUCUAGCACAGAGGGAAAAGAGGGUGGCGUUGUAUCCAGCCAACCGACUGCUGUUCGUAAUGGACAGGCUGUUUCGGGUGGAUCAUCGGGUGCCUCUGGCCCCUACAUCAAGAGAGUAACAAAUGAUGCUCGAGAAGAUGAGAUGGAGGAGAAUCUGGACCAGGUGGGCAGCAUCAUUGGCAAUCUUAAAAAUCUGGCUUUGGACAUGGGCAAUGAGAUCGACAAACAAAACAAGACCAUUGACCGUAUCACUGAUAAGGCUGAUAUGAACAAAGCUCGCAUUGAUGAAGCCAACCAGCGAGCCACCAAACUUCUGUAGAGAAUAGACACUGCCAGCAUCGCUCAGGAGCCUGAUUGUUUAAUCGCAAACACACACAUACUCUCAAACACACACUUUUUGCUUCACAGUGAUGAAUUCCUGCAAGUGAGUAAAGUUCCUUAAAUGCCAUCUGUGCCUUUUAUUGUAGUCUUUGUUCUAUUGUAAAUAGUUAGACACACACACACACACACAGAUAUAAUACAGAGCCUCCUGUACAAUCCAAAAUCCAGUCUCACCCUUAAUAUAGAAGGAAAACACGAUGGAUGCACCGAGUGCAGUUGUUUUUGCUGUCUGUAAUGGAUUGAGUCUAAUCUGUGGGGAUGGUGAUGGAUUUGGUCAGUCCCUCUGUCUGCACUUGAGUCAACAUGGCUGAACGUUUCACUAAUCUGAAUGAGGGGCCAAAGACUUACGACAGAUCUUUUAAUGUCCUUGUAUGCUGCCCUUAUAGUCGUUAAUGUAUGUUUGGGCUAAUCUUGUAAUGUUUGGUUUUUUUAUGUUAUUUUUCUUUGUCUGUGACUGAUUAUGCUCAUAUUUAAUUAUCUAGAGACAUUAAUAGGCCUUGUGAAUACAGUUAGUCCUGUUCAUUGUGUGGGGCGUAAUGUAUGGUAGCGUUCAUUUUGAUGGCAAAAUUUACCAUGCUGUAUAGGAAUAGGACAUUUCAAUAUAUUUUAUUUCUAAUAAAGCUGGUAUAACAUUU